UGCAAGGGGGGCACAAGCAAGCAAAGCCCGCUCCCCAAAUCCUGAGCGUGAGAACAGAAAACCACAACAAUUCCAGGCUCACAGCUGAGUGAGGGGUGGCUCCCUUUGUGUUGUGACUCAAUCCCCCCCCUCCCUCCCUCCCUGCCAGGGCUUCCGUGCCAGCGCUUCCUUCCCUGCGCAUGCGCUGUGGUGACGCUGAGCAUUCCCCUUCCGUUUUUUUUUGGAGAGCAGAAAAACAGAAGAACAAAGUUGGAAGGGACCUCCGGAGGCCUUCUAGUCCAGCCCUCUUUGUGCAACCACGGUUAAUCCGGCCAAUCAAAACCUUUGAUUCCUGUUUUGCAGACCCUUCCUGCUCACCAGCCGGAUUUAAAAGGCGACCCCCGGCAGCGUUCGCACGACGCCCCCAGACCCCAGCACCCCCGGCAUGACAUCAGGCAACGGCAGUGCUCCCUCCAGCGUUCCCAGCGCCCUGCCCCAGAACGGGGAGAACAAGCUGCCCCCCCAAGCCAUCGUGAAGCCCCAGAUCCUGACGCAUCUGAUCGAAGGCUUCGUCAUCCAGGAAGGGGCUGAACCGUUCCCGGUGGGCCGAUCCUCCCUGCUGGUGGGGAACCUGAAGAAAAAGUAUGCACAGGCGGUUCUGGCGGAGAAGCCCCAGCUGCAAGAGACCACCACCGACUCCGAGAUGGAAGACCCCUACCUCCAAGAAUCCAAAGACGAGGCGUCGCCCCCAAAGUUGAAGUGCGAGCUUUGCGGCCGCCUGGACUUUGCGUACAAAUUCAAGCGUUCGAAGCGCUUCUGCUCCACAGCGUGUGCCAAGAGGUAUAAUGUGGGUUGCACCAAGCGAGUGGGACUCUUCCAUCCGGACCGCAGCAAGCUGCAGAAACCGAACACGCCUGCGCACUGCCGACGCCGACCCUGCAAGGGAGCCCUUCCCCCGCUCACGAAAGAAAGCAAAAAAACGGCACCGGCCUCCUUGCCCCCCAGUUCUGCUCCCGUGGCGGUUCCCAGCUCUCUCCAACUCGGUCACGGACAAGAGGACUCCAGCCGCUGCUCGGACAACUCCAGCUACGAAGAGCUCUCCCCCAUCUCGGCCAGCUCCUCCGCCUCACGCCGGCGCCAGGGCGAGCGAGACAUGGAACUGCCGGAUGUCCGUCUGCGGGAUCUGGAACGCCACUUCCUGCCGAGCGAGCCCACCAAGUGGAAUGUGGAGGACGUGUACGAAUUCAUCCACUCCCUGCCCGGCUGUCAAGAGAUCGCGGACGAGUUCCGCACCCAGGAGAUUGAUGGGCAGGCGCUGCUGCUGCUGAAGGAAGACCACCUCAUGAGCGCCAUGAACAUCAAGUUAGGGCCCGCCUUGAAGAUUUACGCCCGCAUCUGUAUGUUGAAGGACUCUUAGGAGCCGGCGGGGCUGGGGCUGGGCCAUGGCGGACCAUUGUGGGGGAGGGAGGGGGGAGCUCAGGUGGGCCAGGACUCCCUCCUCCCACCAGGUAACUUGAGCACAAAGAGCCCCCGCUGACCUGACGAGGGGGGGGACGGGGAGAAGAGACAGAUAACCCCCCCCCUCGUCUUGCUGAUGCCUCGAGGCAGGGCAGUGCCGCGGGGCAGUGUAUAUACGAUAAUGACGACAACAAGAACAAAUAGUCCGUAGCUUCCCCACCUGCUCCUCCCCUUGCCACAUGGGGGGGAGGAAAGUAGUACCCCCCCCUUGGACGGAGGAGAAAGAGGAGGGGCCACCAGGCCCUUUUCAGCCUCCGUCCCCACAAAGCCUCUCGGGAACCUCAAAGCCAAACUGGACCAUUGCCUUAAACUUUGUGUAGCAAAGUGUGUGCGUGUGUGUGUUAUGGGUGCCACAUAGUGCACUUCCCCAUCUCUCUCUGCCCCCCCACUCCCACCCACCCCCCAGGCAGCUAUUUCAGGCUCAUCGGGGUCCGGGGCCCCCUUCCUAGGCAGAAAUGGCCCCGCAGAAAUAUGGACAAAGCCCCCUCCUCACGGGAACACAUCCUCUUCCUGCCGUCCAUCCUUCUCCCCCCCCUCUGCUUUUUUUUUGAAAUGGGGAGUGGGCCACAAACCAGCCAGUCCUGGGUUCUUCCCCCUCCUCUUUCAAACAUCUGCUUGGGGGGGGCGAUUCCAUGGAGGGGAGACCAGUUUCCCAGCUGCCUUAAGAAACGUUUUGAGUUUGUGACAAGCAUCAAUUCACACACACACACACCAAUUUGAAAAACCCACAAGGGGGGGGGAGGGCAGGAGGGGUGGUUUUCUCUCUGGGAGAUGGGGCCGGCCUCAGGGGAGUCAGGAGUGGCUGGGCUCGCCUGGGGCAAUCAGGGACGGAUAAGGGAGCCACGUGGGAGUGCAGCUGAGCUGUGUCCCUCCGUGGUCGCCAAGUUUGCAGCGCCUCGUUUCCCCCGUGUGCUGGACACUCACCGAAGCCUUCCGGGCUGCGAGAAAUUUUCCAUCACCUGGUUUUUAAUAAACAUCUUUGGGAAAAAAAUAAGGUGUCUUAAAAAUGGUCGUCUGCUGAGCCUCGAGGGCUGAAACUAUCCGAUGUCCUCCGGGAGUCUCUUUUUGGGGAAGGGGAGGUGAAAAUACCCUGUGCGCUGGAUCGGCUGCCAAUUUCUUUUGUACGGGAAGAUUUGGGCGUAGUUUCUCGGAGGCGUUCUCAUUCCUAGUUCUCCUACGGAAUUAGCUGCUCCUGGACAUGCCAUUGGCUGCUGCGGAGACCGACUGUGUGGAUGAUGGGACUGGAAUCCCCAGGCAUCCGUUUCCGUAACAAUUUCCCCUUCUCUUGGUCUUCCCCCCCAAAAAAGCACAACGGAAAUCAACCUCCCUGUUGGCGAUUGGCUGAAUUCAUUGCUAUGUUCUGUAGCCCAUCCUGUCCUGGAUAACGCCGGUCAGCUUUAUGAAAUUAAAAACGCCAAUGCAGCUA